AUGGACACUCUCCGCCUGCAGAGAAACUCUACUGAACCCAGUUGUGUGUCCAUGAAAAGUGACCGCUCAAAGCCUGAACCUCUUUCAUUCAAUGAUGGACCUCCUCGAUCUGGAGAGAAUAAUCUUCAGGACAAGUCAGGGGUGGCCAUUGAUCCAUCUGCCCAGGAGCCUCAACCAGACUUGAACUAUAUAUUUAUGUUACUUGAGGAGAAAAUUGCUGCCUUUGUCAAGAGUGAGCUGAAGAGGAUCCAGAGGUCUCUGAGUUCGGAGUAUUUAGAGACCGGGAUGGAGGAUGAGGAGGUGGGGAACCGUAAGAAGGGAAAGUAUACAAAGAGCAGCAGUGAAGCAUUUCUAAAGAUCACACUGUACUUCCUGAGGAAAAUGAAGGAAAAGGAACUGGCUGAUUCUCUGCAGAAAAAAACGUUUGCUGGCAUCUGCAAGCAAAAACAUAAAUCCAAUAUGAAGGAGAAGUUUAAGUGUCUGUUUGAGGGGAUCAAGAAAGCAGGAAACCCAACCCCUCUGAAUCAGAUCUACACACCGCUCUACAUCACAGAGGGAGGGACCGCAGAGGUCAAUGAUGAACAUGAAGUCAGACAAAUUGAAACAGCAUCCAGGAAACCAGAGAGACCAGAAAUGGCAAUCAGAUGCCACGACAUCUUUAAAGCAUCACCUGGAAGAGAUAAACCAAUCAGAACAGUGAUGACAAAGGGAGUGGCUGGCAUUGGGAAAACAGUCUUAACACAGAAGUUCACUCUGGACUGGGCUGAAGACAAAUCCAACCAGGACAUAGACUUCACAUUUCCAUUCACUUUCAGAGAGCUGAAUGUGCUGAAAAAGAAAAAGUACAGCUUAAUGAAACUUCUUCAUCACUUUUUUCCUGAAACCAAAGAUGUAGGAAACUACAGCUACAACAAACCGCAGGUUGUGUUCAUAUUUGACGGUCUGGAUGAGUGUCGACUUCCUCUAAACUUCCAUCGCAAUAAAAGCCUGACUGAUGUUACAAAGUCAAGUACACUGGAUGUGCUGCUGACAAACCUCAUCAGAGGGAACCUGCUUCCCUCUGCUCACCUCUGGAUAACCACACGACCUGCAGCAGCCAAUCAGAUCCCUCCUGAGUGCGUUGACAGGGUGACAGAGGUCAGAGGGUUCACUGAUCCACACAAGGAGGAGUACUUCACUAAGAAAUUCAGAGAUAAGCAGCAGGCCAGCACCAUCAUCUCACAUGUCAAGACAUCACGAAGCCUCCACAUCAUGUGCCACAUCCCAGUCUUCUGUUUGAUCACUGCUACAGUUCUGGAGGAUGUAUUGAAAAGAAGAGAGGGUGGAGAGCUGCCCAAGACCCUGACUGAGAUGUACAUCCACUUCCUGGUGGUUCAGUCCAAAAUGAAGAACAUCAAGUAUGAUGGAGGAGCUGAGACAGAUCCACACUGGAAUCAGGACACCAUGGAGAUGAUUGAGUCUUUGGGUAAACUGGCUUUUGAGCAGCUGCAGAAAGGCAACCUGAUCUUCUAUGAAUCAGACCUGACAGAGUGUGGCAUCGAUAUCAGAGCAGCCUCAGUGUACUCAGGAGUGUUCACACAGGUCUUUAAAGAGGAGAGAGGGCUGUACCAGGACAAGGUGUUCUGCUUCGUCCAUCUGACCGUUCAGGAGUUUCUGGCUGCUCUUCAUGUCCAUCUGACAUUCAUCAACUCUGGAGUAAAUCUGAUGUCUGAUGUGCAAUCAAAAUCUAAGUGGACUGAACUAUUCAAGGACAAACUUUCAAACUUCUACCAAAGUGCUGUGGACAAGGCCCUACAGAGUCCAAAUGGACACCUGGACUUGUUCCUCCGCUUCCUCCUGGGUCUUUCAUUGGAAUCUAAUCAAGGGCUCCUAAGAGGUCUGUCAAAAGAGAAACAAAGUUCCUCACAAACCAACCAGAAAACAGUCCAGUACAUUAAGAGGAAAAUUAGUGAGGAUCUGUCUUCAGAGAGAAGCAUCAAUCUGUUCCACUGUCUGAAUGAACUGAAUGAUCAUUCUCUAGUGGAGGAGAUGCUACAGUCUGUGCGUUCAGGAAGGCUCUCCCCAGAUAAACUAUCUCCUGGUCACUGGUCGGCUCUGGUCUUCAUCUUACUGUCAUCAGAAAAAGAUCUUAACGUGUUUGACCUGAAACAAUACUUUGCUUCAGAGUACAUCCUUCAGAGGCUGCUCCCAGUGCUCAAAUCCUCCAAAAAAGCUCUGCUGAGUGAGUGUUUUCUAUCAGAAAGAAGCUGUGAACAUCUGGCAACAGUUUUCAGCUCUCAGUCCUGUUGUGUGGAAGAGCUCGACCUGAGUCACAACAACCUGCAGGACUUAGGAGUGAUGCAGCUCUGUAGUGGACUGGAGAGCCCCCAUUGUAGACUGGAAACUCUCAGGUUGGUUGAUUGUAAUCUGUCAGAAGGGAGCUGUGGAGGUCUGGUUUCAGUCCUCAGCUCCUGCUCCUCCCGUCUGAGAGAGCUGGACCUGAGUUUCAACAAUCUGAGGGAUUCAGGAGUGAAGCAGCUUUCUGUUGGACUAACGAGUCAGCACUCUAGACUGAAAACUCUAAGGCUGAGCUACUGUGAUCUUUCAGCGAAGAGCUGUGGGGCUCUUGCUUCAGUUCUCAUGUCCAACUCCUCUGCUCUGAGAGCACUUGAUCUGAGUAACAACGAUCUUCAGGAUUCAGGAGUGAAGUUGCUCUCUGAUGGACUAAGCAGUCCUGACUGUCGACUGAAAACUCUCAGUCUAUCAGGCUGUCAGGUAACAGAGGAAGGCUGUGCUUCACUGGCCUCAGCUCUGAGCCUCAAUCCCUCCCAUCUGAGAGAGCUGGACCUGAGCUACAAUAAUCUAGGAUACUCAGGGAAGAUGCUGCUCUCUUCUCACCUGGUGCAUCCAAAGUGCAGUCUGAAAACUCUCAGACUUUCUGACUGUGGACUCUCAGAGUCUCACUGUGAAGUUGUGGCCUCAGCUCUGAAGUCCAACCCUCAUCUGACAUUUCUGGACCUGAGUAACAACAAGCUGUCUGAUUCAGGAGUGAAGCUCCUCUCUGCUGGACUGGAGAGUCCAAACUGUAAACUGAAAACUCUGAAGUUGAAGGACUGCAGUUUGUCAGAGAUCAGCUGUGCUUCUCUGGCCUCAGCUGUGAAGAGCAACCCGUCCCACCUGAGAGUGCUGGGUCUGAAAGGAAACAAGCUGCAGGAUUCAGUAAUGAAGCUUCUGUGUGAUUUUCUGAAGAGUCCAGACUGCAGACUGGAGAAACUGGGGUUGAAGGACUGCAGUUUGUCAGAGAUCAGCUGUGCUUCUCUGGUCUCAGCUGUGAAGUGCAACCCCUCCCAUCUGAGAGUGCUGAAUCUGGGAGGAAACAAGCUGCAGGAUUCAGUAAUGAAGCUUCUGGGUGACUUUCUGAAGAGUCCAGACUGCAGACUGGAGCGUCUGUGGUUGCAUAACUGCAGUUUGUCAGAGAUCAGCUGUGCUUCUGUGGUGUCAGCUGUGAAGUCAAACCCCUCCCAUCUGAGAGAUCUGAAUCUGGGAGGAAACAAGCUGCAGGAUUCAGGGAUGAAACUACUGUGUGACUUUCUUGAGAGUCCAGACUGCAGACUGGAGGAUCUGAGGUUGGAGGACUGCAGUUUGUCAGAGAUCAGCUGUGCUUCUCUGGUCUCAGCUGUGAAGGACAACCCCUCCCAUCUGAGGGAGCUGCAUCUGAGAGGAAACAAGCUGCAGGAUACAGUAGUGAAGCUUCUGUGUGACUUUCUGAAGAGUCCAGACUGUAAACUAGAGGAUCUGGGCGUGGUUCUUCCUACCAAGUCGAUGGACCGUGUCUACCAUCUCCCUGAGUUUGUCCACUGCCACAGGAAUCACCCUUGUGAGGAUGCCGACGACCACUUCUUUUCUGUGAAGGACAACCCCUCGCAUCUGAGACGGCUGAUUCUGGGAGGAAACAAGCUGCAGGAUUCAGACAUGGAGCUACUGUGUGACUUUCUGAAGAGACCAGACUGCAGACUGGAAGAUCUGAGUGGUUACUUGUUGUAA